AUGGUUACGAAAAAUACCGCAUUGAAAGAAGGCUUAAUCCUCAGAGCAAUCGUGGUCUCAUCAUACGUUUGCUUCGAAAUGAUUUCGAGAAAUUUCUUGCUACGUUCGUAUAUGAGGGACACUAACGACUCGGCCAUUGUACUCUUAGUCAUGGCCUUUUCUCUGCUCGGAGUGCAAUUCGUUGUGUUGCCGAUUUUGCAAAGGAAAGCCAGUCCGAGAAUGUUGCUGCAAAUUGCUAUGAGUGGAUUGAUACUUUGUUAUUUCGCCGUUUCUUUCACGACAAAUUUCGAACAACUUCUCGUCAUUAUUGCCAUACAAACGGGUGCUUAUGCCGUCGCUUAUGCUGAAUCUUCCACACAAAUCACUAGUGCCGUCGAAAUCACCGACCUUGGCAAAGCUACGGGACUUGCGUCAACCGUUCAGUGGAUCUCCCACUUUGUUUUACCUAUCUAUGCUUCACAUCUUGUUGAAAACUAUCAUUUUACCUAUGCAUUUUACACCUCUACUCUUCUUUCUAUUAUCGGACUCGUCUAUGUGUCCAUAUUUGCAAAGAACACCAACAACAGGUUAGGAUCUCUGCUGCCAAGUCUUACUGUAACUUAUUGA